UUCAAGUUUUCAACAGAAAAAUUAAUUUUAUUCUUCUCUCUCUUUUUUCUUUCCCUUACAGUUCUUUAAGCCAAAUGAUUCGUGUCUCAACUCUGAAAAAACUAGGGUUCUGCCAUACCUUAUCUCCCCUGACUCAUUUAUUUCCACCACCGUUGCUUAGAUUCUCCCGUACAAUAAGCCUAGCCAUGUCUGCUGAGCCCUGGACUCUUCUUACACACAGGAAUCCACAACAUGGGUGGGCCCCUUACAAUCCUCGUACUAUGAGAAACCCUCCUCUUACACCUCACACUAAACAUGUCAAGAUUCUGUCUUACAAUGUCAACGGCUUGAAGCGCUUACUGGAACUGGAUGGGAAUUACCUGGUACAGCUGGCGCAGAGAGAAGACUUUGAUGUCUUGUGCUUGCAAGAAACUCACUUACAGGAGAAAGAUGUGGAGGCAAUCAAGUGCUCUCUUAUUGAUGGAUAUGAAGAUAGCUUUUGGACAUGUAGUGUCUCCAGGCUUGACUAUUCUGGUACUGCAGUUAUCUCAAGGAUCAAACCACUUUCCGUGAGCUAUGGCCUUGGCGUAUCAGAUCAUGAUAGCGAAGGGCGUCUUGUGACUGUCGAGUUUGAUACAUAUUAUUUAGUUUGUGCAUAUGUUCCGAAUUCAGGGAGGUAUCUAAAGAGAUUGUCAUACAGAGUCACACAGUGGGAUUCUUGUUUAAGCAAUUAUGUGAAAGAGCUGGAGAAGGCGAAACCUGUUGUUUUGGCGGGAGAUUUGAACUGUGCUCAUGAAGAAAUUGAUAUCCAUAACCCUGCAAGAAGUCUGAAAAAAGCUGGUUUUACAAUUGAAGAAAGGCAGUCAUUUGAGAUGAACUUCUUGAACAAGGGAUUUGUCGACACAUUUAGAAAUCAGCAUCCUGGUGUUGUGGGCUAUACGUUCUGGGGUUGGAAUGAUGGACGCGGGACAAAUAAGGGAUGGCGCCUGGAUUACUUCCUUGUAUCAGAGUCUGUCUUGGACAAGGUUUACGACUCAUAUAUUCUUCCAGAUGUUGAUGGAAGUGAUCACAGUCCAAUCGGCCUCAUUCUUACACUAUAGCUUAAAUACCGUUUCUUCAAGCCAACGGUUAGACUCAAAUAUGUAAUGUACAUUAGAAAAUAUGACUGCAAUCAUAAAAUGUAAGUCCUGUAAAAGGGACCAAAUAUUUUUCUCUUUUAUACCAGAGAGGGCUGUUUUCAUCAGAAAAAGGCCUAUGUUUAUCAGACAA